UCAAAAUGGCUGACAACUGAAGCGAUUGGAUAUUAGUUCUACUGUCUGGCCUAUAUUUUAAAUGUUAUUCUUUUAAUUUCGUAUUGUUUUGAUACCAAAGAAUUCGCAUAUAAUGAAGACGAUUGGUAUUAACAAGUCAUAAACAUAUGUGAAAAAAACUUUUAAUAAGAAUGGAUGAAAAGCGUGUAGCAGACUAUUUUGUCGUUGCUGGCCUUCCUGAUGACUUUUUACCUCUGGAAGAAUUCUCCAAUGAGGCAGCCAUAAAACCAUCUUUUAAACAAGACCCAAUUACGGAAAUUAAAGUGAUCAACCGAUCUAUUGGUGAACAAGUACCUAAGGGUUAUACGUGUGUUGAACGAACACCAACAGGAUUUACUGCCGAUUUAAAUCAUGGAAGUAUACGCUGUCCAGAAAUGUUCUUAUGUUAUCGAAGGAGUAGAGACAAACCACCUUUAACAGAUAUUGGUGUAUUAUAUGAAGGAAAAGAACGAUUAAUGCAGGGAUGUGAAGUUGUCCACACUACACCAUACGGUCACCCAGCUAAUGUAAAUAACAGUAAUAGUACUCGUAUCUAUAUAACAUAUAGAAGGGCAUCUGAUGCUGCGUGUAGUGAUACGUUGGCUGUUGUAGAUAUAUGUGUUAUACUAGUCAAUAAGAAUGAGGAACCGCCAUUAGCCUAUAAUCGGAUCAAUAAGACACUCAAUAAGGGAGUUAUGGGAUCUGAUGUAUAUUUAUGUUAUAAGAAAGCCAUGACAAAAGCUGAUGUUCUAGCAUAUAAACCUGCAAUAUUAGGACGAUAUCCACCAGUAGAUUAUGAUAAUUUUCCUCUACCAGAAUCUGUACCUAUGUUUUGUUUACCUAUGGGUGCCACUAUAGAAUGUUGGUCAGCUAAAGCACAACAUCCUUUACCUGUAUUUUCUACUUUUGUUCUUACUGGAUCAGAAGGUGAUAGGAUAUAUGGAGCAGCAGUAACAUUUUAUGAGGAGUAUUCAGAAGACAAACUUAGUGAUUUACAAAUGCGCCAUCUUGGUUUAAAAAAUAAACAUAUUCGUGAACAGUAUCGUAUAUUGAAAACAGUUCAUUCCAACAAAAGUAUCUGUUUAUUAUCGCAUUGGCCAUUUUUUGAUGCCUUUAAGAAGUUUUUAUCCUGCCUCUAUAAAAUCUGUAUCACAGGUCCACAUGACGUGCCUAUUGAAAGGCAUAUUUCACAUUUUAUGUAUGAUGUUCCUUAUCCUUCUCCACAAAGACCUAGAAUACUAGUACAGUUAAAAGAUGACUCCAUAUCGUUUUGUAUGCCUGAAGAUUCUCCAUUACCCCAGAGUGGAGCGUCUUUUAUAUCACUGCUGAAGAACUUGGGCCCUGAGAAUUGUAUGAAUAUGAUGUUAUAUCUUUUAUUAGAACAUAAGAUAUUAAUACACUCUCUCCGUCCAGCUGUAUUAACUGGUGUAGCUGAAGCUGUAACUAAUGUGAUGUUUCCAUUCCAUUGGCAGUGUCCGUAUAUUCCUUUAUGCCCACUUGGUCUCUCAGAUGUCCUAAAUGCACCUUGUCCUUUUAUCGUGGGUAUUGAUUCUCGUUAUUUUGAUUUGUACGAUCCACCACCAGAUAUUAUCUGUGUUGAUUUAGAUACCAAUAGAGUAUGGCUGCCAGAGGACAAAAAAACUUUAAACUACAAAUUACUGCCAAAGAGACCAUUAAGAGUUUUACAAGAAACAUUACAUAAAUUAUUUAAUAGUCUGUCCGAUCAAUCUGGUCAAUCACAUACAACAGAUGAAAUAUCACUAGAAAUGGAAGCUGUAGAUUACAACUUCAAACGCAAGAAAAAAGAGAUGGAAAUGGAGUUCGCAAUACAAGAAGCCUUUCUACAUUUUAUGGCAUGUAUGUUAAAGGGUUAUAGAGGCUUUCUCAAUCCUAUCUCUGGUCAACCUAAUCUACGAGCUACAAAUGCUUCAAAUUUAUUUGAUAUGCAAGGUUUUGUAAAGAGUAGAGAUAAAACCAAUGCCAAAUUCUUUAAUCAAAUGAUCAAAACACAGAUGUUUAUAAGAUUUAUAGAAGAAAGAUCUUUUGUAUCUGAAAAUGAUGCCAGUUUAGCGUUCUUUGAUGAAUGUGCUGAAAAAGUAGAAGAAAACAAAGAAGAUCUUCGUCUAAUAGAGAUAGAUGCUUCACAUACAAGUGAUAGAACAGUGUUUAUAAUGCCACCAGAACCUGUUGGUUUACCUGAAGGUGUCACAUACAGCUAUAAUGGUUUCCCAGAAUUAAGAAGUGAAUUAUUUUUAGUGAAAACACCUUCUAGUUUAUCAUUACCUACUAAACAAUCAGUUUGUCCAAACAGUCCUUUUGCCAGACGGACAAAACAAGAAAUCCGAUCAGCUCAAAAGCUAGCCCAGCAACAGAUAAAUACACCUGAAAGAUGGGCCAAAUGUCUGUUGGCACAUUGUUAUAGUUUAUGGUUUAUAAGUUUAUCAGCAUUUGUUCAUCAUAAUACAAAUAAAGAGAAUGCAUUAAAGACAGCUAAAGCGGUUCUAGAUCAGAUGCAAGAAGCCGAGUUAAAUCCACCGGAUGAAAUUUGUUAUCGUGUAUUAAUGCAGUUAUGUGGACAGUAUAAUAAACCUGGUUUAGCUAUUAGAGUAUUUGGUGAUAUGAGAAAGUAUGGUAUACAAGCUAAUGCUAUAACUUAUGGCUUUUAUAAUAGAGUGAUGUUAGAAGCACAAUGGCCCUCACCUAAUUCUAAAGGUCGUCAUAAGAUGUGGACUAAGUUAAGGAACAUGAUUGUAGGUGUGGCACAGUUUCGACGAAAUGUGCGUAGACGAAGUGUUUCUAUGUGUUCGACAUCGGAAGGUGAAUAUGAUAAAGUGAGUCGAACCAGUGUCGAUAGUUAUAUGGAGGAUGGUGUACAAAAGAUCACUUCCAUUAAAUCAGAGACAUUUUUAGAUGAUACAACAGAACCUCAUAUCAGUAAAGCUAAUGUUGAAGAUAGACUUAGCACAGGUGGCGCUUCAGAUAGAGGAUAUAACUCAAUGACACAAGAAGACGUACACUGUCUGUCACAGUUUUUAAGUAAUGUCAACCAGAAAGAAAAAUCACCUACAAGCAGUCUGGAGAAACGUAAAAAGAUUACAGGCAGAAGUGUUAGUUUCCAUCAAAAAACACAAAGACAAAAUAUUCCAAAUGAAAAAGAUGGUGAAGUGAAUGAGAAUCCAUCAUCUUUAUUUAGAGGUCGUGUAGGAAGUAUUGUCCGUAAAAUGGUUCAAGUAGAAAGUAAUACAUCUAAUUCAGAAUAUGAAACAUUGAAAGGUGUUAUCAGUAAAUCAGCUGGAUUACUGAUGGUUAGCCAGGGUGUGCUUGAUAACUGUGUUUUCCGACAAGGUAGUAUGAACAUGGUGGAAAAUGAGAAAAAGCGGAGACGUCAUAAGAGUGCUGGAGACUACUGGACUAAAGCUCGCUCUAAUAGUCUGUUAGCAAGCUUACGACCAUGGUUAACUGGUACCGGGGAUGAGUCCAGCAUACGAUUUUCGGAUCUUGUCCACAAAGAUGGGGAUGAUGACAUCUUUGAAGAUGGCAUUUCUGAUAAAGCAAAGACAGAUUCUACCGAUUCUGGAAAAAAAUUGGAGAAUAUAAAAGAUAGCGGUGUUGGUUUGGAUGAAAAUGGACAUACUUUUGAUACAGAAGAAUGUGAAGAAGAAAGCUCAAAAAAUAUUUUCUGUGCUAAUGGCUCAACAAAAACUGGAAAUCGACUGUCAAAUAUUUCUGAAAAGAGUUCCGAGGGUGCGAGGAGUCCUACAGAGUCCCUGAGUUCCUCCAUUAUAAAAACUCCUGUCACGGAAAGUGAUCCGCUAGGUUAUUUCAUGGAGGAAGAGUUGAAAAGCAGUAUGGAAAAAUCGUCAUCUAGUCCUACUAAAACAUCAGACUCAUCCAAUAGUUUUAAUUCUAAAAGAUUAUUCUCUAGCACCCCCUUCGCUUCCAUAGAUAAUGUUAAAAACUGUGAUAAUUAUGAUACUCGUUCACACACUGGUUCGUUAGAUUCUACUAGUGUUCAAAAUGCUCCCAUAAAAACCUUGUCUGAUCUGGGACGAACAAGUAGUUCCCCCAACUGCUUACUUGGUGCUGAAAAAGACGUUAACACUGAAAAGGACUCUGAGAACCUCAGUAAUUCUACUGUCAUGCCACAGAAGCAGUCGUCACUAUCAUUAGAUGAACCAAAAGAACGACCUACUAGUUUUAUGUUACGACGUACACAGAGUUUAAGAAGAAAUACCACAGAAGCUAUGACUGGUCUAUUUAGCUAUGCUGCCAAAACCACCACAAAGGCUUAUAAGAAAUUUAAUGAAAUCAAGCAGUCCAUUACAACACCCGUCAAGAAUGGUUCAACUGCAUCUCUAGCACGGUCAAUGGAUGAUCAAGAUAGUGGUACCGGAGAUGAUGAAAGUGCUAGUACUGUACAAGAUAAGAGAAGUUUUGGAGGCAGCCAGGAUCUUCUGAGUCCAUCUGUCAGCAGUGAACAGUGUUCAGACACACUGGCAUCACAAACAUCUUGUGGGAGUGUUCCAUCACCAUCGUUUUUAGAUAGAUAUGUACCAUAUAGAGAUUUGGCAGACAGUAGUAGAAAAGCACCUCCGUUAGAAAAGAUUACCAGUGAUUUAUCAGAGAUAGCUAUAGAAGUGGAGAUAACUAGUUGUUCACGAUGUAGUAAAUGUCAUUCGUUAAUAUAUGAUGAAGAGAUAAUGGCUGGCUGGAGUGCUGAUGAUUCUAAUCUAAAUACAAGGUGUUCAUUUUGUCCUUCAAAGUUUGUUCCAAAUCUUCAAAUUUAUGUAAAAGAUUGGCGAUCAAAAAAGAAUACAGCUUUAUUAUCUAAUCCAAUAAAUGGUAAUAUAAUAGAAAUCAGUGAAAUAGGUGUUGAUGGUGAAGAACUUAAUAAUACUAGUAGAACAUCUUCGUUAUCUGAGAGUCAACUUUUAUUUGGAGAGGAUGGGACACUAGAAGAUAAAUUCAAACGUUCUCCUAGUCCGACGAGAAAAUCACCGAGAAGACUGACAGAGAGAUUACUGAGUUUUCAUGGGGGUGAACUCAAAACUGAGUCUGUGUCUGAUAGUGAAUCAUUAAAUUUAAGUGAAAUUGCAUUAGAUGCUAGAAAAAGAUGUACUAGUGAAUGUCUGACUCGUGCUACUGAUGAUAUGUCGUACAGUUCAUCUGUUGAAUCUAUUGAUGGUAUAAACAAUAGACAUCUCAAAUCACCAUUAAGUAUAUCCAUUGAUGAAGAUGAGGAGUUGGGGUCAUUUGGAGCAAGUUUUCCAGGAUCAAAGAUGGAUAUUAUGUCGAGGUGUAUAUCUACUAUAGAACCUAUUGUUGUACCUUAUCUAAGUCCACUGGUAUUACGUAAAGAAUUAGAACAUGUUUUAGAGAAUGAAGGGGAUUUAUGUUUGUCAUCAGAUAAUUUUAUAGCUGAUCAUCCUAUUAUAUUCUGGAAUUUAAUUUGGUAUUUUAAAAGAAUUGGUGUGCCUAGUCAGUUAACAGAAUUUUUAUUAUCCUCAAAGUCUAUCAAUAAAACACAAGAGUCAUCUAGUGGUUAUACUAGCGCUAAUGUAUUAAUACGACCAUUAUGGGAUAAUACAAAAAUACAUGAUGAAAUUGGUUUACCAAUGUAUAUUUCAUGGGAUUCAGUUAAAAGUGCUUCCAUGAUGGAUGCAUUGAUUACAGAAUCCCAACCAUUUUCUAGAGCGGUAAUGCAUCAGAUAUUUUCUAGUAUCCAGUGUAAUGAUGUUUUAACACCAAUCAAACAUGUGAUGCAUGGACGUAAAAGGUUACGAGUAAAGAGACACAGAUUCCGUAGUAUGUAUCGUGAAGUACUCUUCCUGGUAUUUAAAGCUUGUGGACGAGAAAAUAUUGAUCAUGAUGCUUUUGAUAGAGAGUACAAGAAAGCCUACAAACAACUACAUCAUGCUGAAUUAAGACAAUUACAAGAUAACGAUAAACCACGAUCUGAUCAUGUUGUCUGGUGCCGAAGAGUUUUUAAUGAACUAGAAUUAUAGAAUUCAGUUUUAAAUAAUGUGAUAUAAUUAUAUUUCCUAAUUAUAAAUAGAAUCAUUUGUUAUAUGCUGUAUAUAUAUAUACUCAUGUUAACCUGAAAAUAAUUAUUAUAACUAUACUUUAUAGAUUCCCAGAAUUUUAAAGGUUGAAUUUUGAUGAGAAACCAAACCACUUUAAAUUCUGUUGUAUGGUAUAUGAUAUACCAAACAAAACAUUUCGUUAUUAUGAUAGUUCAUUGAAAGCGGUUUGUUAUCAUCAUAAAGAUUAUUAAUGUGUUAUAUGAAAUCAAGAAUCCUUAAACGUGAGUUUCAAGAUGUGCAAUAUUAUUAUACAUAUAUCUUUAUUAUGACUGUAGUUAAUUAAAUCUAUGUUAUUGUAAGUCUGUUGUUCAACACAAUAGUCUUCUGAUGAUUAUGUUGGAUGAAGGAAAUAUAUCUCUGAGAGUAAACUGUAAUAUCCUAGAUAACCCUGUUUUUAAUGUGUUGUCAAAUACACCUUGAAUGAUGAAGUGCUAAUUUUCAAACCACUAAUUGAUUACUGUAAGUACAUCUAUCUGUAUAUAUGAUGAAUAUAUUAAUACCAUGUCUAUAUAUAUUAUUAAUGUAUUUAUAACCUACAUACCUAAUAAAAACCGAUUGCAGUGAUUUUGAAACUCCCAAAAUAUGUUCGAGUCUUUCUCAGUUUGAUUGAUAAAUGUAUCUUUAUGUAAUUAUAAAAUGAACUGUAGAUACAUGUUUAUAUAUGAUGAUGACCUUACAGUUUGAGGGGUGGGCAGGCAAAUAUUUUGCUUUUCUUAGUUUUCUCUGUUUAUUACUAGAAUUAUAUUCAUUUCAUAUUUAUGCCUUUAGGCAUGAUGUUAGUACAUUUUAUUUGAUGACAACUUAUAAAGAAAUUUUUGAUGAAUCUUUAAAAAUAAAUGUAACUCAAAACAUGCCCAUAUGAUCUGGGAGUCAUAACAGAUUUAUUCAUUGACUUUAGAACAGAUUUUGAAGAAUAUAUGUUUAUUGAAAUAACUUAAUAUCAUAGUUUUACCAGUGUUGGGGAGGGAAGGGUGUAAGAUGUUAAUUUGAUUGUAUAUAAUAUUAAAUAAUGUUCCAUAAUUUUGUUAAUAAGCUUCUUUUGUUGACUUAUUUGGAGCUUUCAUUCUAUAUACCUAUGUAAUAUACAAUUAUUUGUGUUGGCUAUUAUAUAUAUAUAGAUAACAGUAUUAUAAUUCAUUUUAUUUGAUUUCCUCUCUCUUGAAUGUUGUUAGUUUUUUUUUAGUAGGGAUUGAUGUGGGGAAAUAGAAGUAAAUGUUUAUUAAUAGAAAACGCAGGAAAACUGUUCCAUUAAACAUAGACAGAACAGUCAUUACUUUUGAAAACUAUAAGUAUAACCCUGACUGUUUUGAUGAACUAUUUAUAGUUAGUCUGAAAGACCACAACAUAAACUUGGUAAUCUGUCUUUUUGUUGGAACUGGAAAAAGAUGUCUUUCUCCUUAAAGGUUGUAACUAGGUGCUGUUUAUCUUGUCAGUACCAGAAUUUGUUCUUUCAGAAGACUCUUAAAAAUAAUUAUAUUACAUGUUGCACAAUUAUUAUAAAACUGAACUUUGUAUAUUUUUGUUCACUUCUCGCAUCAGGGUAUAGAAUUAGAAAUAUAUUUUAAUAUAUCAGUAUGAAUUAAUUUUAUUAAGUUCUUAAGAGUGUGAUUUAAUUUGCACUUAUUAAAUAAAACUAAACGUUUUAUGCAAUCUAUGCAUUUAGAAAACUAACAUGGUCAGAUGAUUGGCAUGAUGAUAGAAUGUGAUUUUUUACAUGGUGUUAGAUCAUUUUGUUUUGUUAUAUUUUGCAGUUUUUUCUCAAUUUCUUUUGUUAUCAAUAUAAUUGCUGUGUAUAUAAAUAAAAGUUAUGUGUUGUACAUUUACCAUGCUAUCAAGUCCAAGUUGUACAUGAUUCAGUAAUUGUCUAGGUAUUUGGUUUGUAGAAUUAAAAUAAACUGUGAAAUAUUGUAGACUAUUAUAUAUGUGUCCUAGUCCUGCUCAAAUUUGUUAUUGUUAGUAAAUCCUUCAUCAGUGCAUUGCAAGCAGUGCAUAUUUCUAAAUAAAAUACUUGGAAUAA